CCAGAGCCCAUCCAAAUGAACGUCGCCGCCGUCGUGCCGGGCGCGAGGCCAGUGCCCCAUGCGCCGCCACCGCGGUGGUGUCCGCGGGCCCGCCGCAGCCUCUGCCCACGCGCCGCCGCCGAGCCGGCGGCCUCCUCCUCCACGGGGGCGGGGGCGGCGGCGGCGCCCGUCUACGCUCCCACCCCGCGGGAUCGGCCGCUGCGGACGCCGCACAGCGGGUAUCACUACGACGGGACCCCCAGGCCCUUCUUCGAAGGCUGGUACUUCAAGGUGUCCAUUCCCGAGUGCAGGCAGAGCUUCUGCUUCAUGUACUCCGUCGAGAACCCCUUGUUCCGUGACGGGAUGAGCGCGCUCGACCGGGCAGUACACGGGUCACGGUUUACCGGGGUGGGAGCGCAGAUCCUUGGUGCCGACGACAAGUACAUGUGCCAGUUCUCUGAAAAAUCAAACAACUUCUGGGGAAGUAGGCAUGAGCUAAUUCUCGGAAACACAUUCAUUCCCAAUAAAGACUCAACUCCUCCGGAACGGGAGCUCCCUCCUCAGGAAUUCUCCAAUCGUGUUCUGGAAGGCUACCAAGUCACGCCAACUUGGCAUCAGGGUUCCAUUCGUGAUGAUGGAAGGUCAAACUAUGUACCAAAUGUCCAAACAGCUCGUUGGGAGUACAGCACUCGUCCGGUGUAUGGCUGGGGUGAUGUCACAUCUAAGCAGAAGUCGACCGCCGGUUGGCUUGCUGCUUUUCCAUUUUUUGAACCUCAUUGGCAAAUAUGCAUGGCUAGUGGCCUGUCCACAGGAUGGAUAGAAUGGGAUGGAGAACGGUUUGAGUUCGAAAAUGCCCCCUCUUACUCGGAAAAGAACUGGGGUGGGGGUUUUCCAAGGAAGUGGUACUGGAUCCAGUGCAAUGUCUUCCCAGGCGCAUCUGGUGAAGUUGCUGUAACUGCAGCUGGUGGAUUGAGGAAAAUUGGAUUGGGAGAUACCUACGAGAGUCCUUCACUGAUUGGCAUCCAUCACGAGGGAAAAUUCUAUGAGUUUGUGCCAUGGACUGGGACUGUAAGCUGGGACAUUGCUCCUUGGGGUCGCUGGAGGAUGACUGGGGAGAACAAAAAUCAUCUGGUGGAAAUAGAAGCAACCACCAAUGAACCAGGCACUGCUUUGCGAGCUCCAACAAUGGAAUCUGGGUUGGUACCAGCAUGCAAAGACACCUGUUAUGGAGAUCUCCAGGUGCAAAUGUGGGAAAAGAGAGAUGAUGGGAGCAAGGGGAAGAUGAUACUUGACGCCACAAGCAACAUGGCGGCUGUGGAAGUCGGAGGAGGUCCCUGGUUCAACGGGUGGAAAGGCACGACUGCUUCGAACGAGCUUGUGAACAACAUUGUUGGCACUCAGAUCGAUGUGGAGAGUCUCUUCCCGAUUCCAAUCCUCAAACCACCUGGUCUGUAGGCUUAUGAAUGACUGAAGGCAAUCCAGGUCACCUCUCCGGCUCUCCCUGUUGGUCUACCUAAUCCCAUCGGCGAUGCGAUGCAUACAUAUCGAAGAAAAGCGGCAUUUGGUGUUGCUGAUGAUAAACAAACGCCAUGUAGGUGGAAUUAUGUUCCAGAGAAGAGACAGCUGCUCGAUGUUGGUUCGAAUAGUCUGCUUUCGACUGAUGUAAAGCAUAUAGUUUGCGCUCUUGAUUCUGGCCUUUGAGAAAAGAAGUCGUGCAAGUCCUACUUCGAGUAGUACAUUAGUAUUGUUCUUGGGACCAGUCAGCAUUUGUUACGAGAAAACGAAACAUCUGGAGACUUGGUGGGCAAUAUUAUAGAAUAAGGAUAAAUAAGCUGCUGCACCGUGUUGGUGUGGUUCAGUUCAGAGAUCAAA